CCGGUAAAUAAACGACGGGCUAGAAAUCCGGCGGCAAUAUCAGACACUCUCCAUCUCUCUCUCUCUUGCCCUGUCUCCCUCUCGGUUCUGGGCGGAAGGAGCAGGAAAUCCUGAUCUGAGGCCAUCGCGAACGUUGAUUUCAUCAACAGGUGAAGAUGAAUGACGCAGAUGUCUCAAAGCAGAUCCAGCAAAUGGUCCGAUUCAUCCGCCAGGAAGCGGAGGAGAAGGCCAGCGAGAUCUCCAUUUCCGCCGAAGAGGAAUUUAAUAUCGAGAAAUUGCAACUAGUUGAAGCUGAGAAGCGGAAAAUUAGGCAAGAAUAUGAAAGAAAGGAGAAACAAGUUGAAGUUCGAAAGAAAAUUGAGUAUUCCAUGCAGUUGAAUGCAUCCCGAAUCAAAGUUCUGCAGGCCCAGGAUGAUUUGGUUAAUUCCAUGAAGGAUGCAGCAGCAAAGGAACUCCUACGUGUGAGCCAUGAUGCUGCUGCCUAUGGGAACCUUUUAAAAGAACUGAUUGUGCAGAGCUUGCUGCGACUAAAGGAACCAGCUGUCCUGUUGCGCUGCCGUAAAGCUGAUGUUGAACUGGUUGAAUCUGUGUUGCCUUCAGCAAAGCAGGAAUAUGCUGAGAAAAUGAAGGUCCAUGCUCCUGAUAUUAUAAUUGACAGUCAAGUAUAUCUGCCUCCUGCACCAAGUCAUCAUAAUGAACACGGUCCUUCCUGUGCUGGCGGGGUGGUGUUGGCUUCUCGGGAUGGGAAGAUUGUAUGCGAGAACACACUUGAUGCAAGGCUUGAUGUUGUAUUCCGACAGAAGCUACCAGAGAUACGCAGGCAGCUUUUUGCAAAAAUAUCCGCAUGAUGAAACCUGCUCAGGUUAAAGCCCACAAGCUCAUCCGCUCUAUUGUGGUGCGAGCUGCGGAUUGAAGCUGCUUCGCCUUUGCCUUUCUACUAUUCUUAGAGAUAUUUAUUUGUUUUCUUUUUUUCUUUUUUCCUGUGACUGCAUUUCGAGAUAAACUUCUAGCCUUCUUUACCAUGCAUGCCAUUUGUGGCAAAUAAAGGGAAAAAAUAAUGGAAGCUAAAUGCUGCUUUUAUUGCUUU